AUGGAGACUCACCAGGUGGCCAGAAACUCCCGGGUGCGGCUCCUGCUGCUACUUCUGCUGCUUGUGCCCUGGGGUAUCGGCACUGCCUCGGGUGUCGCCCUGCCCCCUGCGGAGGUCUUCAGCCUCCGCUCCCCAGACCGAGCCUGGGCGGGUCCGGCCACCCCGGUGGUGUCGCGGCGGAGCCUGGCCCUGGCAGACGACGCGGCCUUCCGGGAGCGCGCGCGGAUGCUGGCCGCGCUGGAGCGCCGCCACUGGCUGAACUCGUACAUGCACAAGCUGCUGGUGCUGGAUGCGCACUGA